GUUACCGCAACCGUGACCAGGGACCCUUGUUCGCUUGAUUGGAGACAUCAACCUAUGUGGCGACAUCGCAUAACAUCAUGAAAAAACACGAUAUAGUUGCUCAACGCAACACCAUUCUGUCCCAGAAAUGACAGUGUUUAAAGCUCUCUCAAAAAAUCUUUCGAAGCAGGUGUCUCAAGACAACAUUACCGCCUUCUUGGUCAAACGUGUUGCGAAAUAUCUUGCCGGUCUCUUUGGUGUAGGCUCGCAGCCCUGCUACAUCGCAGAAGGUCUCAACUUUUUCCUCACUGCCGCUUCGUCCAUAAUCAAUUAAAUCAACGAUAUUGACGUGUGUCCUUCGUACAGCCUAUGAUCUGGGUCAGCAUAAGCCUACCAAACCUCAUUGGAUGGUCUCCUACCUCCUCGCAUUGGUCACACGUUGUGGGAAGCGGUUCAACACCUAUUGCGCGACAAAGCGCAUGCCACGCGGUCAAAUCGUUCUCUGCACCAUACCACAUGUGCAAUUCGCUUUGCAGCGCAUCUUGGUACCUAUUCCAAGCAUCAGUUGACGCGUCACUGCCACGGUACAAGCCUUUAUGUCUCCGCAAAUUGGCAUACGAAGUUGCUGGUGGGAGAGAAGGGUUAUAAUCAAACGUUGGGAAAGAGUGGAAAAAGACAUCCAAAGGCGUCUCUGUAUUCUGUUGGUGAAUCGGAGAGUCUCGCAGGUGCUGUUGCAGCGCCUCUUCGCUAUUGAAAGAUCGAUCACAGUCAUCACAACUGAAGGACGGGGCGUGUGCCAGUGAAUCUCGCAGGUGUUGUUGCAACGCCUCUUCGCUAUUGAAAGAUCGAUCACAGUCAUCACAACUGAAGGACGGGGCGUGUGCCAGUGAAUCUCGCAGGUGUUGUCGCAGCGCCUCUUCGCUAUUGAAAGAUCGAUCACAGGGAACACAACGAGUACCCAUAGUGUCAACAGUUUUCAUAGCAGUAUGAUACAAUUAUCCAGAAAAGAGGUAAUGUGAAUUAGAAGCGGCGAGUCAACAGUCUUAUUAUGACGUGACUGAGCAAACGCAGUAUCGGCGUGGGAGCUAUGUUGUGUAACCACUGUUGUCUAAAUGUCCCAGUGAUACGCAGGCUGUUUAUUUCCGUUGGUUGAAGCACGGAGAGACUAAACAACUAUGAUACAGAUCGUUGACAACACAAUGAGCUACGGGGAGCUCUACUUCUGUAGAAAGGAACUGCAAAUUUAUUUGCCAUUUGCGAACACAGCACACAAAGUUACCUCCUAGCACAAAGACGUGCAAGGCGUAGGGAAGAGAAACUCCCGACUCAUGGGAAUGACUCAUAUUCAUCUGAAUUGCUUAUUCCAAUCAGGUUAUAUUCCUAAAACACGUCAAUCAGUAUAUGUUUGGGAACGGAGAUGAUAAGGGCGGAACGGGAUUUCGUUUGCUAUUUGUUUGCUAAUCUGGUUUGAUCGGGAGUAGGCAGAUAUGGAAACGAAGCAUACAGGCCAGGAAAUGAGGUAUAUACUAUGCUGGCAUAAAACAAUUUUUAUGCCGCCCUGAUCUUCUAUGGAACAAGUCUCAAUCACUUUUCAUGGCGUGGAUUCUCUUGAAUUCUAACAUUUAGAUUCCUUGACCGAUCACCCUGCAAUUUCACGACAUCUUCCAAUAUGGUUAUCCCACUGAGUGUCAGACCGCCGUUGCAUGCAAUCACGUACAUGAUUCAUCAUACCUUCCUCCCCCCCAACGUUCCCCAAGAGGAUGACUUCGAUCCCCGGAACGAGGAAACCUUGUUAUGCACUCUCAGCGACGCCCUUCAGCAGUUUAAGGCUGCUGCGGGGAGUAGCGAGCAGGGUGUUCUUGAAUCUAUCAGUACUAUGAUCAGCAAUCUCAGGUCUGUCCGAGAGGACUCGGGAGCUAUCAGCGAGGCAAAUCUCGAAAGAGCUCUGCAAAAGCUCUCGGAGAAAGGUAUGCGCCCUCAUCACUCGGUAAGCAUGCCGCUAACAAACUCAAGGUGGAGUGAUGCCACUGUAUAUUAGAGCCCAAAAUGCCGGUGUCAUUAUCAGCAAGGUCAGCGAUGGUAUUUGCUUUGAGAUCUUUGAGCUCUCCCCCGACAACGAGUCGGUCAUCACGACAAAGGGACGCCUCCGGCGCUCCUUCCCUGCCUCUGCCUGCGUUGUGAACCAGGUCAUAUUCAAUGAGGAUGGGUUUCAAGCCACGUUGGCACAGACAAUUGCGAAGAUGAGCCAUCAGGCUGCACCGGAUAUGCAGCCAAAAGUGAGAAAAGCUCGUCAACAGCACAACGAGAACCGCGAUGCAACCCAUCCAAGGCUGGUCACGGAACAUCUCAUGAGUUUCUUGAUGGCUUCUGGCACACCUACCAAUGUCUCUACGAUAUGGAAGAACACCCGAGAAGAGGUCAUGUGGAAGGAUAGCUUCCUACCUUGGCGACGAUCACCAAUGUGGCUACUUAUCCGUGUGGCAAUGCAGUUGCAGUUUUCCCGCCAGGGAUCAAACGAUCUGUACAAGGCAUUUAUGGUAUUCUUCUUGGCCCAUGUCUUGAGAUUGUCCCACGAAAAUAACCUCCGCAGCGACGUUCUCUGCGCUAUGAAUGCAAAGCUUUCCAGGCGCUUGUUUAAGCUUGGUGUGGAACAAGCCAAACCUUGGAUCCAUAUGCUAGAGCCCGUCAUGUCGGAAACGCAUAGUCUUGUCAACAGAAGAUGGCAAAACAUCAGGAAAAAGGCUUCUCCGGAUUUGGAUCUGCGGCGCCUAAUGUCUAUUGAGCCGAAGAACGAUACCGCUACUCAUCUCCCCAAACUAGAUAGAUUCAUCGCUACCAUGAGCCAAAGGAAAGGAAGUACAAGCUCCCACGGAUUUGAGCCGUCCUCCAAGUUGCCCAGCUACCCACCUGACGACCUCUCCUACGGUUUGGAUGCUUGUUCCGUCGACUAUCUCACGUUUAACUUGGCAGCAUUUGAAAGCUGGGUUGAGUGCAAUCUUCCCAACUGGCUUGAUCACCAUGUCCGUGAUGUGAUGACCUGUGGGCAUCUGAAGAGUUUGAUUGAGAGCUAUCACCAGUCUGCCACUUCUCAAUACGCCGGAAAUCCUGAAGGUUCUUCGGUCAUGCUCCUGACCAUCAUGGAACUAUGGGUUGCUUGUGACAAGUCUGCAUGCGCACUUUACGAUUUGCUACCAGAUUUUGAUCCGGAAAUCCCUGUUGAGCUCCUCCAGUCACUUGUUUUACCAUUCAAAGGUCAAAUGAGCAGGCUCUCUAAAAUUGAGGGAUAUAUCCAGACUCGCCAGCGCGGUGCCAAGUCAGGCAGCCCAUCACUCCUCUAUAGCUUUGGGGAUCUGUCCGCCUUCUCUGUGAGGUACUUUGAUCAAUCUCUAGAUCACCAGGCUUUACUCUCUCGAAUUGAGACGCAAGCGUCUCGUGAGAGGGAAGAGAAGUGUAUGGAACUCUGUAAGAAGAAAGAGGAAUAUCGGACUUUGAUGCAGUAUUACGACCAAAGUACCUGUGUGUUCUAUGAAGUCGUAACAGAUUCAUUUCAUGGUUUUUGCGAAAGUCGCCAUCGCAAUCCUUGCUCGAAGUGCCAGUCCAAAGAACAAGCCGCCGCAAUCAACAUUGAUGCUCAUGAAUGGCCCCUGCCCUCUAAUCGACAGGAGGCUAAGUCUGUGGUGUUUGAGUUGAUGGUACCUGCUGCUUUUGGCCAAUGGCGGGAUGCAACAACUUUCCUUCUCAACGACAUCCUUGGAUGCAAUUAUUCUGCCCAGGAUCACCCAUGGGCAAGACAUACCCCCCAGAAUUACAAGGGUCUCUCAUCUUUCUUUGUAUGUAGCAGUCCUAGCGCACUGCGUGUUGGUCUUCUGUCCCAGGUUAAACCCCACACAAACACUCACCGUCGAAACAAAACUAUCGCUGUGACCGUGGAAGAAGAUGUCUGCCUUCAUAAUGGAUUGCAGUAUCAGUAUUACGAUAGCGACAGAGAUACUUUCACCAGUCCCUUUCGUGCUACGGAUACAGUCUUGAACCUCUGCACCUAUAAGCUUCCGCAGCGUUCCCUCUUGCUGCAAGAAUUUCUUGCUCGGCCGCCAUCUAUGCCAAGCGGACUAUCACCCAACACCGUUAUCGCACAGCAAUCUGAUUGCCCAGUUCACUUGUCCCUGGACGAGUUCAAAGCUUUAUGCUCCCUCCCACUCGGCUAUCGGAUUCAAUGGAUGAAUAUUCUGGUUCAGCUUUCGACCCCUUCGAUUGACUUUACCAAGGUCGAGACCAGCAUCUUUCUGCUUCAGGUUAUCUACCAAGCAGGUCCGCCAAACGGAGGAAGCAGCCACAGAGCUAGCCACGACGAUUUGGCUAACGAAUCAUUCGGGCAUGCCAUUCUUUUUCAGCUUCGCAAUGCUCUACAGAGAGUCGAAAAGAACUGGGAGUCUUCGCUGGCACUUCAAAGCUUUGUCCAUUUAGCAGCACGCUUACUCUCCUUUUCAUCUUCGGCGGAGAUCCAAGACAAGUGCCUAAAGUACCUGGCAAGUGCUCGACGAAUCGCAUUCGGCUGGGUAACAUUACUCGAGGACAAAGCGAUACAUUCGAUAGAUGACGAUCAAAGAACAGAAUUCUUGCUGCAAACAAUCAACGUCGCACUGGUCUGUGCAAGCACCUUUGACGUUGAGCAAAGGCACUUGCGUGACAUCCUGUCCUCUUCAUCCGAAGCCUCGGUUCUCAUCCAAUGCUCUAUCACCAUCCAGGAGAACUUGCGGUCUACGCUGGAUAAGCCUGCCCUAUUGAUCGUGCUUGAGCGAUGGAGGAAGCUGUCGUAUCGUGCGUUACCAAUGCUCGUAAGCGAGAUAUUGGAAAAGGGCAGUACCUGUCUAGAUGACGCAGUGAGAAGCUCCUGGUCUGAUUACCAACAUGGAAGUUCAUGGGUACUUGUUGAUGUUCCACACCACCAUUGGCUCUCGAGCACCACCGCAGCACGUAGCGAUUCUGGUCCACUCUCGGUCCACUUUAACCUUUUGACAGCUGAACUCCUAGUAAAUGGUCGUCCUCUGGCGCGCUUACCAAUCAAGUAUGAGAGCCAUGCAAUAUAUGGUUCCCUUUUUGGUCACUCGGCUCUCGAAGUUAUGCCGAGUCUUGUCCCCGGCAUGGAAUUUUCUACGAAAGCAGUAUAUGCCGGCUUCACUAUCCACCUCGGCAUGCAAGCUACCAUCGACAGUCUUGGAUCACCAGAUACAGAUCUACUUCUUCAUGCCGUAAGAGGUGACCGCAAGUACGAUCUCCUGCCCUCAAGAGUCUUUCGCGGCAAACUGCCUGUCUCAUUCAUUGAUGACUUCACUCAUUGGUAUGAUCAUGUUAGCAACUCAAUUGAAUUUCGCCCAAUCGAAAACCCGUGGUCCUCGUCUCCCGCGAACUGGUGGCUGACCAAGGUUGCUUCUUCUUGGCGUCUUGCGAGGAAUGGGGUCGUCUUGAUCAGCGUCUCAAGUAACAGUGCUCAAACUCUGUUAGGCAUUCUUUCUGCUCUAGAAGAGCCCCUGCAGAUCCAUUUGUUCUUCCACGGGGCGUCCGAGUCGCUUGAUAUCGAAGUACCUAGAUUGCGACUUUCCUUCGACCUGCAGCCGGGAUCUACACUCCUUCGUUCGCGGCAGUUUUCUGACAUGUUCAUCGACACCCAUCAGGAUAUCGGUACUCUAGUCGGCCUUCAGAAUAAACUUGUAUUGAAACACGAGAAACCGGGUCACGACCGCAUAGUGAUCAUACCUGAGGGCCGAGUAACAUACCAGCGGACCCUGGAUCAUGUAAUGGUCAAUAUCGACCAGAACACCGCCGUCAAAGCCCAGGCUUAUUACAUUGACAAACGCCUCGGCCGAAUAGUGGACAGUGGAGAUUUGCAGAGCAAGUUGUUCCUCGGCUACCUUAAUGGCCUCACAUCCUACUGCCUACCCGACCCGCUCACUCAGCGAACCGGAACCGAGCAGGCGCUUUGGAUGCUGAGCUCCGCCGCAGUUAGAUCAUUCGACGUUCUGACUAGAGGAAAUCUCGCGAUCUUGGAGCACCUUGCCAGACUGGCACCAGGAAGAGCCUACUAUCCUGCGAACGAGCGCGUGAUGCAUGCUGUCACUUGGGAUUCUGAACUCAGUUUCCUAUCUCAGCAUGGCAGCUUCUUCACCUCUGUUGAAGCCAUUUUCGAGCAAGCAAACGUUGCGAAGAUUUUCCAUCCCGAGACGCACAUCGAAGUACCAAAUCUAGACUUCACAACUCAGCACCUGCUCCAGCGGGAUUUAAUCAGAUCUUCAACCUUUCGUGUCUCUGAUUUCGGGGCAGAGCAAUACACAAUCGAGCAGGAUGCAACGUAUUCCCCCAGAGACCGAGGUCAAUGCUCCAAAAGAGCUUCUCGCGCUUUCGUGAUAGCCAGCUUGCUCUUCCAAAAUCGAGCAGUUCUGCAUACAACGUUCUACCAUGGACUCAGGGAUUCUCUCUGGAAGAGUCUUAAUGACUGCGGUACCAUAGACGGGCCAAAGUUGACGUUGGAGAGUACCUUACUAAAGUUCGACUCCAAGUGGCUCAAGCAGCCUCUAGGCGCGUGGUGGUGCCGAGCCCACCUCUCGCUUAGCCAUUCACGUCACCAGUAUAACAGAUUUCUAGUCAUGAUGUGGCUCUCGACUGCAGCAUAUAGUGAAAGUGCUGACAUGUCGGUCAUCUAUACCAUAGCAGCAUUUUACAAUGUGGCCAAUGUUGCACAGAUCACUCCACCGCCAAUCAAUCAAUUCCAACUACACCGCGGUGCUAGAGCCGAUCUUUCCGAGCUAAAGAAAGUCAUCCAGUCUGCACGUCGUCCGUUUACGAGCUGUGCUGACGCACGUCUCCCCAAAUUGGAGGGAGAAAGCCAACACGAUGCUCAACAGCGGAGAAAGCGCUUAUUCCAGGGACAUCAAGAUAGAGCAAUUAAUCAUCUUGCCACAGAGCUCGAACGGCAAUGGCCCUGCGAAGCACCGCAGACCCCACCUGUCCUCGAUACAUAUCUCAAUACAAGCCAGGCUAUGACAGGAGCUAACUUGAAGUUCAAGACGUGGUUCGAAAACUAUCGCUUCUUCGAGUACCUAGGGCACAUCGAGGAUGCGCUACAGCGUCAAGUGGUUGAGCCUAUACCCAUGCAUUCUCACGUCUUGCCUGUGCCUGAAUCAAAUACGCAACGCAAAGCACGUCAUAUUAGCAGCGCGGAACUCUUUAAUACUCCCCCUCCCUCAAUUUUCUCCAAAGCUCCGGCAGGUCUCGAGGGCUUGGUGCGGAACGAGUCUGGAGAGGCAGAACACCCUCUUCGACUCGGUGCUCUUCUGGAUCGCCUUGAUGCCCAAGUCCGUACAAAGUGCGAGGAGUACUAUGGAAAGAGGCUUCGUAGUAGUCUCCUCUCACUUAAAGGCCGCGCAAAGAAGCCCAUCCUAGACCCGCAAGGCAAAGAUAUCAUGCAAGUCCUCGACCAAUAUCUGGAUGAUUGCAAUCAGCAUGUUCAACAGCUGUACUCCAGUAUGGUAGAAGCCAUUACCGGUGAAAGUCACACUGCUCGCGGACUUGCGGCAACAAUACACCAGUGGCCCAGGGUAUCUCCAUCUCUGUUCCUUCAGGAAUUGACUUAUGCCCGCUGGGAUAAAUUAGCAACCCCUUGGAAAGAAUGCCUCAUCAAGUAUGGACUUGCUCUCACAGAAGUUCAGCGCGCAGAAAGGCUAGUCAAUCUCGCUAGCGAUCCGGUCGGGCUGGUUCAUGAAUUACUCAAUACUGGCCAUCGAAAUUGGAAUCCAUUCGAAUUUCCAGAGUCCUUGCUCCUUGAGGUUGAGAGCGGAAUCAUGAUACGGGAGGUUCAAGAGGACAUUGCACAUCAAAUGAGGAGUCCUCCAUCGGAUCAAAACGCCGUUAUGCAGCUCAACAUGGGUGAAGGGAAGUCGACCGUGGCUCUUCCGAUCGUGGCACUUAAGCUAGCGGAUGGCAAACAGCUAGUUCGGGUCUUCGUGGCAAAGCCACAAUCGAAGCAGAUGUUUGAGAUACUGGUCGCAAAGCUCGGAAGCCUACUAGGUCGGCGCAUCUAUCAUAUGCCUUUCUCUCGUGCCCUUAGACUAGACCAGUCACAAGCGGAUGCAAUCGGUAGCAUGUGCAGAGACUGCAUGGCGAAUAGAGGUAUCCUUCUUCUCCAGCCUGAGCAUAUCCUCUCAUUUAAGUUAAUGGGUAUCGAGUGCCUCGAGACCGGUCACGAAUCUGUGGGACAAUCUCUACUCACUUCUCAACACUUCUUUGAUACCCGCUCCCGGGAUAUUAUUGAUGAGAGCGAUGAAAAUUUCAGUGUGAAGUUCGAGCUCAUUUACACCAUGGGCACACAGAGGCCCAUCGAACUAAGCCCAGAACGAUGGGAAAUUAUCCAGUCAGUGCUUGGGCUGAUUGCUCGUUUCGUCCGAGAAGUAAAACGUGACUUGCCGCUCUCCAUUGAGGUCGAUGAUCGGUGGCUGGGAAGGUUUCCCAAAACCAGGAUUCUACGGGAUGACGCCUAUCAACCGAUUCUGGAGAAGGUUGCAGACCAUAUUUGCAAGGUCGGGCUAUUUGGAUUGCCAGUAUCUCGCCAGCCAGUGGACAUCCAACAAAAGGUUUUCAAGUACAUCACCAAGUCGGACUUGACAGCGGAAGAAGCCGCUGUGUUCGAGAGCAAGAGCAGUGCGAGCUUCUGGACCGACUCGAGAAGGAGCCAUCUACUUCUCGUCCGAGGACUCAUCGCUGGAGGAGUCUUGUCCUUUGCUCUUGCUUGUAAACGAUGGAGAGUCGACUACGGGCCUGAUCCCCACAGGCUACCAAAGACCAAGCUUGCGGUACCAUUUCGGGCCAAGGAUAGCCCCACACCACGUUCCGAAUUCAGCCAUCCCGACAUCGUGAUUGUUUUGACAGCGCUCAGCUACUAUUAUGGCGGACUGGAUGAUGACGAUCUCUUUGCCUCCUUUGGCCACCUUCUCAAGUCCGACCAAGCGCAGCUUGAGUAUGGAGAAUGGGUGUACACAGCCUCGGAAAUCCCAGAUUCUUUCCGUCAGUUGUCUGGGGUCAAUGUUAAAGAUCGCUUCCAGUGCGUGGAGCAGCUGUUUCCCAGCCUUCGAUAUUCUAAGGGUGCGAUUGACUACUUUCUUUCGCACCUCAUCUUUCCGAAAGAAAUGAAAGAGUUCCCUCACAAGAUCUCGGCUUCGGGUUGGGAUAUUGGCCAGAUAAAAACCUACCCCACGACUGGUUUCAGCGGCACUAAUGACUCUCGCCAUCUUCUCCCACUCAGCGUCCAACAGCUUGAUCUCCCAGAACAAGAGCAUACAAACGCCUUGGUCUUGGAGUACCUUCUCGGUGACGAAAAUUCCGUGGAACUCUUACCCCAGCGAGAUGGAUCGACAGAGUCAGAUGCGGAGUUUUUGUUGGCGACAGUUAGUAAGAUGGUUCCGGCAGUGCGAGUAAUCCUAGAUGUCGGAGCUCAAAUCCUCGAGCUCGAUAACUUACAAGUUGCCAAAACUUGGCUGGAUAUGCGGACGUUUAAUGACCAAACCAAGGCUGUUAUUUUCUUCAGCCAAAACGACGAGCUCUUAGUUUUGGACCGCAAAGGACAGAUUGAGCCGCUGCAGACAUCACCCUUCGCCAAGCAACUUGAUGCCUGUCUUGUCUUUUUAGAUCAGGCACACACGAGAGGAACGGACUUGAAGCUUCCUACUGAUUAUCGUGCAGCCGUUACCUUAGGAGCAAAUCUGACGAAAGAUAGACUGGUGCAAGGUAAGAGCUACUUAGUAUCGUGAUUCCCAGUGCUGACAUAAUAUUAGCUUGCAUGAGAAUGAGAAAGCUCGGGAAAGGUCAAUCAGUGGUCUUCUGUGUCCCCGAGGAGAUCAAAAGGAAGAUAUCGGAACGUACCUUGACCCAAAACGACAUUAUCACAGUGGCAGAUGUGCUUAUCUGGACGAUUUGUGAAACUUGUGUCGAACUUAGACGGAGCCUUGCCCAGUGGGCAACGCAGGGUCUUCGAUUCGAAAACCAGAAAGGUCUCUGGGCUAGCGCCCGGAGUGAAAAUGGGUUCGACUUUUCACGAUCUCAGGUGAAGGAGUUUUUGGAAGAGGAAGCCCAGACGCUGAAUCAUCGUUAUGGUCCGCGUGCUGCCGCUGAAACGCCCUCACGCUCUGUUUGGGAUGAAAAGAACCAGAACAUCGGUCGUAUUAUCGAACGUUGUCAAGAAUUCGAGAGCCUCCACUUUGACUCGGCCACCCUUCAAGAGGAACAAGAACGCGAGCUAUCACCCGAGAUUGAACAGGAACGCCAGGUCGAGAGGCCUGCGCCAGCAGUCCCUGAGAGGCACUGCAUUCACAACGACUUAAAAUUCCUUAUUAUGACCGGAGAAUUCAAGGCGCACUCUCCUGCCUUCCUUCCCGCCUUCGAAGCACUCCGCUCUUCAAGCGCAGCCACCCACCUUGAUGUGUCUCAGUUCCCGCGUGACCUUUACGUCACGGCUGAUUUUGCGCGUACAAUCAAGACGUCGGGGAGUAAUUACGUCUCUGAUGCCUACCAGCGACCCGUCCAGUGGAUUCUCACUUGUACAGGGCCAAGUACAGUCAGUCAUCUAGUCGUCAUUAGCCCAUUUGAAGUACAAGAGUUGUUGGACCUUAUCAGAGAGUAUCGCAGAGUCACUCUCCACUUAUACGCGCCACGCUCUAACCUGGAAUUCCGGCCCUUGGAUGCGCUAGACCUGUUUACGGUGGGAAAAGAAUACGGUUGUCUUAGCAUCCCUCGACACCUGAUCGUGCAGUUGAACCUUUUUGCUGGCCAGCUAUACCUGAGCUCGUUCAAAGAGUACAUUGAAGUAUGCGAUUUCCUCGGCUUAGCAUGGAGGGCCACAGAACAGGGUUUGUCAGUAAGAGGGGUGGGUGGGUUUACAGUACAGGCUUGUGGGAAUGUAGGGUUCCAUGACGGCCUAGUAAUGUUCUUCAAGGUUCUGAUGAUGAAGAUCCGGCGGAACUGCGAGAGCAUUGAAAAAACCCACCUAGGAAAGAUAUUACAUGGGGCUAUGUUGGAGGAGAGAGACUUUGCCAACCAGAGAAUCAUUGAUCAGUGAUUGGUUGGAGUAUGGACUCCUUGUUAGUUAAUAAACUUUGUCUAGUGAACUCUGUUAAGAUAUAUAGUGGCAAUGAAAACAUUUCUUAUCGCACUGAUAAA